AUGGCUGAAUGUUGUCAUGGUGGAAAAAUUUCUGCAUUUUCUAGUCUUUCAAACGUUCAGUUAGCUUGUAAUGAAGAAUGGAUAGCUGCUCCACAUAAAGACAAGUCUUUUGCAGUAUGGAAACAUGGAAAUUUAAACGCAAAUGUAAGAUGUGUUUUGAAAUAUUAAACCGUUCUUGCAGUGUAUAAACAAUGUUUUGUUUUUGGGCAUUUAAAUUAUUAACUACCGGGCAUUUAAACAGCAUAAAUUGAUAGAACGAUAUAAAUAAUUUGUACAGUAUAACUUUUAUUCCUUGUAUUAUAUAGCUUAAGUAAGUUUUAAUUUUGUAAAAUACCAGUUAGUUUAGAUUUUGGAGUAUCAUUAAUAUAUAAAUUUAAUAUAACUUUACAGCCUGUAGUUUUCACUUGUCACAAGAAGAGUGUAACUGCAGUAUGUUUUGGGAACAGAAAUGAACAAAUUUUGCUAGCAAGUGGUUCUGAAGACUGUGUUAUUGUCUGGUUUUUGGAAAACAAUUUUACUUUUGAUGGUGAGUAUUAACCCAUUGAAUGGUAGCACUGUCUCCUUGAUGAGUAAAGUUGUCUGUUUCUCAGUUUCUGUAGUAUGUUUUGUUUCUAGGAGAAUUUUGCAAUGAAGCAAGAAACAUUACUGUUGCAAAAGACUUGGGUUAUGUCCAACAUAUCAGUUUUAAUAAUUCUGAUGAAUUGAUUAGUAUAUGUGUUGGUAACGAAGUCUGGGUUAUAGAAAUUGAGGUUGGUACUAGAGGUAGGCUGUGAAAACAACCGUCCGAUAUAGAAGUAUGGUAGACAGGAUGGCUGAUUUUGUCAAUACAUCAUACUCCUAAUGAAAAAGAAAAAAUCCUGACCUACGUGAAACAGAUCAAAACACCCGACAAUUUGAUUACUAAGUUUGAAAUUAGUUUAGUGGUCAAUACAGAGAAACAGUUUGACAUUCAAACACCACAUUUUCUCUAUAUGGAUAACUGUGGAUAUACAACUACCUGAAACUGGCAUUGAUUGUUCAAGGUUUCCUCUAUUUAGCCUCUUUUUAGCUCCUCUUCUAAUUAGACCCCAGUCGAAAAAUGCCAUUCUUCUAACGGUGUGUAUGGUACUGCAGCCAAUAAUACACCCUGAUGAACUUUUCUAAGCCCGGUGGAAAGUUAUCUGCUAUAGGUUAAAGUUUUUGUGUUAAAUUUAAGACAUGUGAAUUGAAAACUGUGAUUGAUGGUCACCAUGGCAUUGUGAAUGCUUCAAGAUUUUGUCCAGCCCAGGAUUUUUUACUGGUGACUGUCUCUGAAGAUCGAACAUUUAAGGUAGUUAAAUAAGUGACUGUCUCAACUAGAGAACAGAGCAAUUGGUGGCACAGCUGGUGGUUAGCUGUGAACUCGCCUUUUCCGUGUGCCUAGCUGCUUUUUACCUUUCUCACUGGGAUUUGAUUCCUGCAACAUGCGUUAAAAUUUAACCUUAGUUGUGUGCUUUUAUUUUGACUACAUGAAACAAUGCAAAUUCGUCCUGCACUGCAUGUAAACACUGGAUCGAUAAGGGAGAAAAAUUUGAUAGAGCUACGUACAUCAUUCCGAAAAAUUUACUGACUGACAGAGCUAUGCAGUUUAAAUAAAGUAAAUUCUAGUUUAGUAUACAUGUAUGAAAAACCUCUCAAUAAUUUCUCAAUGUUGUUUUCUAACUUGUUUAUGCUAGGUUUGUGAUGUUCAACAGAAAUCCAUUUUACAUCAUUCUCCAAUUAUUUCUGGUAAUUCCUUCGCAGACACAUUUCUGACUUUUGAGAUCGUACAUGUCAGUGUGUAUUACCCAUAUAUAAGAAGGUUGCGUCUUUUUAAUAUUUUUGUCAUGUGUAUUGGUAUUAUUGAGUUUCUCACUCAUUGGUGAGCGGAUUUUCCAACAGGCUGUACGUUGCCCAAUUGAUAGGACUGAUCUGAGGUACCUACGAUUUAACGUCCUUAUCCGAGAAGAGGCGAAAGUAUUGUAAGACCUUGAGUAGAUCGAGGUCCGAACAAGGAUUGAACCCGGGUCUCUCAGCUUGGAAGGCAAGCAUGGUGAUCACAACACCACAAGUGCUAGGUGAUGGCCGUUACAAUUAGCCAUUCCGAAGUUGAUGAGAGGACUGGGGAUGAGUGUUAAAAAGUGCCCAUAUUAAGAAAUGAACCAAAUCACUAAAAAGACCACCUCAAAAUUAGUAAGUUUACAAAGUUUGAAGACAAACGUUUACAUGAUUGAAUACCCUUCGAAUAAUAAGCUUUCGAAAAUCGCGAUAUUUACUAUGAAAUGUACUGUAAUUUUUUUUUUUGGGGGGGGGGAUGCGCGUCCCAAAAACACUCUUUUAAAUUAAUCCAUAAUUUCACAAUUUUUGAAAGCAUAUUAUUCGAAAGGUACUCAUGUAAACGUCUUCAAACUUUGUAUACUUACUAAUCUUGAGGUGGUCUUUUUAUUGAUUUGGUUCAUUUCUUAAUUUGGGCACUUUUUAACACUCGUCCCAAGUCCACUCAUCAACUUCGGAAUGGCUAUAAAUGGGUCGUAUGACCCAGACUUGGAGCAGAUCAUAGACAAAGUAUUUCUCGUUAAAUUUCCACAGCAUAUCCGUUUCUCUCGCUUGCAUUCCAUUCAACUCGGAAAGAAGUCGUUCUUGGAUCUUCAGAUGGGAUGGUAAUUUCCUUUUAAAUUUAUUCAAUUAUACUUUGUUUUUCGUUUCCUUCCUCUUUCAUUCCACAACACGACUGGAAAUAUUGUAGGGCUGCUCCCAAUUAAUCGAUUAAUCGAUGAUUUUUUUCAGGGAUUUUCCCGAAAAAUGCUGUUGCGAGAAAUGCAACCUAUAGGUCCACUGAGUGACAGGAGUCGAACAUGCGGCUCUGCGAUUCCGGAAUCACAGAGCCGCAAAUCGCUACUCUAAGAUAAAUUUGUUGUACGUGUCCUCGUUUUAACCGCAUUACAGAGGAAGGAAGAACUUUUGCUGUGAGAACUAUAAAGGAUUGGAACAGAAUUGACGUUAGCAUUAGAAAGUCCUUAAGCUUGAGUAGCGUAAAGAAAAAACUUUUAAAAACAUUUUUAGAUUCUCAGGAAUUACUAUAGCAUAGCUAAAAUAGCUAUUUAAUUUUGAGACAUUUUAUAUAAAACAUUAUAUAUUAAUUGGCUAUUUAUGGUCACGUGAUAUUGAAUAGAAAAUUCCAUUUCCCAAGAGUGCAAUGGAAUACGUUCCAUUGCACUCUUUGCGAGUGCAAUUGUAGUAUACGUUUUAUUCCAUUGCACUCUUUAUGUUUUUGAUAAAUCGCAUCCGUCAAAAUGCUUCUCAUACGAAUCUAUUAGUCUAUUUUGGUAUUAUAUAUAAAACAAAUAAUAAAUGUUUAUGAAUGCAAUGGUAAGAAUAUUUUCAUUCGGUGAAUGAUGGAAUGUUCCAUUCAACUCGGCUGUCGCCUCGUUGAAUGGAACAUUCCAUCUUUCACCUCAUGAAAAUAUUCUUACCAUAGCACUCAUAAACAUUCAUUAUUUGUAUAAAAUUAUGUGACACUCUUCCUAAUUAGCAAUAUCUUAGUUUCUACUAUUUUAAUUUUUUAUCUAGGUAAAUUUAGUAUAAGCUUAUAGAGGACCACGGAGUCAUUUUUAUUAAUGUCAUGUGCGUUAUCCUCUUUAAAUAAAGUCAAACUAAACUAAACUAAACUUGAAUUAUCCAUCUACUCUGAAGAGUAUUGUUUUUUAUUCCAUUUCAGGUGCGUAUUUUUUCCUUGGAUGAUCGAUACAACUGUCUUCGUACACUGGACUUAAACAAAUACUUCGCUCAACACCUCGUCCUAGAGAACGAAGAUAACGUCGAAAGUCAAGAAGAACCAGGGCAGGCCGUUAUUGGGCUGUGUUAUAACUGUCACAAUAAAAACGAAGAAACACCGAAGGAGGAUUACCACAUUACAAGGUACACCAUACCUACAUACAUACAUACAUACAUACAUACAUACCUACAUACAUACACACACACAGGUUGGGGUUGGGUUGGGAGGGGGACUUUCCUCCCAACUCAAAAGGGGUCCCUCUGGCAGGAAUGGAACUAGGAACCAGAGGGCCUAUAGUUGAAUUUUUUGCCAGGUAGGUCUAAUGAUAAAUGUUUAAAAUUCACACACGAAAUUUCCAUCUACAAAACCCAUCCACAAUUAGUUAUAUUGAUGCCCAAAAAUCUUGAUAUUUAAGCCCUGGGCAAACUAGGAAACAUUGUUGUGGAAACAUUUGUGAUUCUCGAUGUUUCUUCAAAUAUUUUCCUGUUUGCCCACCCGUGGAAACAUUGUUGCGGAAACAAAAUUUGCUUCCCUAGAAGCAAAAAUGUUUUCUAGCGAAUUCAGAAACAUUUGAUGUUUCUCUAUGUUUCUCACUAAUGUUUCCUAGUGUUUGCCCACUCUGGGAAAUAUGGCCAAACAUUGGCAGGAAACAAUGUUUCCGCAACAAUUUUCCUAGUUUGCCCAUGGCUCUAGUGUAGAAAUGUUUUAUAAAUCUGCAUUUCAGUGAAUUGCUUGAAGAUGCUGACAGUCUCCUGUGUGCUACAACUGGCGCACUGUUUGUCAUAAAUCUCAGUACUUGUCAACCAAUGAAAAUCAUAGACUUUAGAGGUAAGCACGGGUAAUAGACGUAGAUUAACCGUGAGGUAUGCAAAUGAUAUACAGGAGUGUAGAGAGGUAGACAAGUAGCAUCGUUUUUUUCCUCAACCUUGCAUGAUUUCUUUUCUAAAAACUCUCAUGAUAUAUCACCUCAUCUUUUUAUUAACUUCUUUCUCAGUGACACGAAAAUCAUGCAGUAUGCUCCUAAGUAACAUAUAUGAGCAUGCCCGGCCUUCGUGCAAACUAAAACUUCCCCUGUACCUUUGCUUUCCAUUCUUUUCUAUCUUUAGAACCUAUCCCUGUGGGCAUCGACCAUCAGCUGGGUGAAUUUUCUCUUGUUUCACUUUGUGGUUCUUGUGAGUUUUAUCAACAGCAAGAAAGGGUAAGAAGAACGGCAGGGGGGCGCAUCCCCUCAAAAAAGUUUUCCCCCGCCCCACCUGAGAAGGUUGCACGCCCCUAAUGCUCAUUUGGAUAAAUGACAGUAGUGUGGUUGAAAUAAAGAUUUUGAACUACAGUAAGUAUGACUGAAAACAAGGGUUUUGAACUAAAGAAAACCAAAAAUCAAUUCCUGGGGGCUUCGCCCCAUUACCAACUGUGCCCCAGACUCCUGCUCCAGCUUAUUCGGUGGCGCUCCAUCCCCUCUUAAAUUUUGGGCACCCCCCCCAAGAGGAAAAUCUGAAAAUCCGUCUAUGGGAAGAAGGCUUGGAAGAGGACAAAUAAAGUAAUUAUAUAAAUAUGUGUGCCAGUGAUUGAUAGGAAUGUAACCCUACCUGAACAAGGAUUCUCCUUGUAUUGUAUAGAUCUUCUCCAACGAGAGAAGUUGUAUUUUCAGGUAGUUGCAUCCCUACAAUCCGAAGAUUUUUAAUUAUAAAUCCCAUUUUAUUUGCAGAUCAUCUGCGCCCUGGGAAGUCUUUUUGAAACUUCACUUCAUAUUCUUCAUAUAUCACCAAAUGCAGAUGCACCUGCAAAAUUGGUAUGCCAACAAAAGUUGCUAAAAUAUAUUCAUAAUUUCAAAAUCGGUAACAUGGAUCAAUGAGAAAAUAAUUUUUGAUGGGGCGAGCUGAUGCACAUCAAGAAAAAGUACGCCAUAACCAAUGCAUAUCCAAAUUUUAAAGAUAAAUGGCACUUUUGAUAGUUAUGAUGGUAUAAAUUGCGGUAAUAUUAUAGAUAGCGGGAGUCAGAUCUGAGCCUCCCUGUGUUAUGGCCUCUCAUCAAUAUAGUACUGCCACUGGGUUCCAUUGUUUUCAAGGCCGGAUUUUGAGGGGAGGUGUGGGGAGGUUCGCACCUCCCCUGAGAUCGUUUUGCACCUCCCCUAAGCAGUAGCGUAGCCAGCCUGAAAAUUUACUCCUGCUAUGUAAAUUUCAAAGCAUUAUCAUUAUUCAUUUCUUUAGAAAUUCAUUGUUUUUACAGUCUAUGAACACAGAAAUAUUUGCAUAGCAGGAGUAAAUAGUCGGGCUGGCUACGCCACUGCCCCUAAGAAUUAUUGCACCUCCCCUGAAAAGUAAUACAUCUCCCCUUGGGAAAAUUUCAAUGAUAGAUCAAAGUGAAAAUUUGACAUUUUGUGGUUGCUUAGGGUCUACAGUUUGUAAGAAUUAAGGUUACAGAACACCUUUGAGUGUUAAUUUUGCCUAAAAUUUUUUUAUUGGUUUCCAUGAAAGCAUUAGACUAGUUCUACUAUCUGACCAAGUUUGAACGGAAAAUGUUGAAAACUCGCAGAGUUAUUUAAUAAAAUACAUUUCGCUGCAAUAAGAAAAACAUUGAAAAUGUAAUAUUCAAAUUCAAUUUUCUCCCGAAAAAUUUUACGGUAAUUACUGAUUUUCAAACGAGUUAUGCUCCCGCGGGUUUUAACCAAUUUUUCUCAAAUUUUCACAUGGCAUAGCUAAAGACGUCAGUUUCAAAAUCGUGUUCGGCUUUUUUUUAAUUUUGAAUAUUUUAAAAAUAAAGAGCAAUUUACUAAAACAAUUCAGAAAUAUAUUGCAGUCGUCAAAGAAAUCGCCAUAUCAGCGGAAUGACGAAAUAAACAAAAAUUUCCGAACACGAUUUUUUAGAACAACUAUUUUACUGUAUAAAAAUUAUAUUUUCAUAAAUAUAACUUAAAACCAGCAGGAACAUAACUCAAAAGCGUAACGGUACCGCGAUUUAAGAUUUUCCUGAAUAAUUCUUACAUUAUUUUAUUGUUUGUUAGUUUUACAACUUUACCGUAUUUUGCAUGCACUGGAGAACAUUUGGUGAAAAUUUGAUGAAAAUCGGACUGAUAUUGAGCGCGCAGUAGCGAUUUUCCGCAAAACGCCAAAAAAGGUGUCCUGUAACCUUAAGUUUUUCUGUAAAAUUGAAAUAGUGAUAGCUGCACCUCCCCUAAAUCUUUGUGUCAAGUAUCCGUUUAAUGCAAUGUUUUGGAAAAACUUUGUAGUAAUUGCAAUGAAGGGCAAAUUUUGAUGAGUUGUACAGUCAUAAUUCAUUAAUACACUGAUACAUAUGUACACUACAUGCAUACGUCACGUCGUUGACUUUGACCCGUUCUAAGCCCUAACUUUCCAUGGGGGUCGUGAGCUAGACCGCUGCACCUCCCCUAAAUUUUUUUCCAUCUCCCCCACUGUUUCCACCAAAAUCUGGCCUUGAUUGUUUUAAUCAUUUAGACCAACAGAGAAGGCUGUUUUAUGAACUCGGGAGCUGAAGACGUAUCAGAAACAUCAAAAUUGGAUACUCCGGAAUUAUCUGUUUUAUCAAAGUAUCUAUAAUUUAAACUUAUCUAUGCAUGCUUUUUAUAAUUGUACAUUAAGUGAAUUCAUUUCACACAAUACUGAAGAACAUGUAACGAAACCGUAACUGAGUUUUCACGAUUUGACAUGGAACGCAUGAAAGCCUAAGAAUUCAAGCACAGCUAACCACCGUACGAAUUCUUGUGUACCUUUACGCAGUGGCGAGGCUAGCCAUGGUAACUGGUCAUGCUAUUGCUAAUAAACCUGCGUAUAAUGCAAUUCAUUAAACAUUUUCAUGACCUGUUGAUGUGGCUAGCUUCGCCACUGCGUUUACAAGUUCGUUCGGAACGUAGUCUUAGUCAACAGUCAACAGUCAACAGUCAACAGUCAACACCAAACUAAUUUUCUCUCUUAGAGCUCCUUUGUGUGAAAAUUCUCCAUUAAAGGCUGAGCUCGUUCCAAAAGUUCAAGAGAAAACAGCGAAACGAAAUGUUAAAAGUACGCCAGCCUUAUAUAUACGUUAAUUUAGUGUAAUGUCAUCAUGGGUUUUACUAAGCACUAUCGUACUGUUAUCUUUCCAGUAUUUGAGAGAUUCAGAUUUGACUACCACUACCGCUACCAUAAACACAUUAACCAAUCAGAUGCGUUUGAUAUAUUCGAUUAACCAAUCAGAUGCGUGCUAAGCCAGUGAGAGGCAGUGGUAGUGGUAGUGGAAAUCAAAUCUGAAUCUCUCGAAAUCCGGUAUUCUAAAAGGUCACUCACACUCAAAGGGUGGAUGUUUAAAUCUGAGCUUCCCUUGAGUGUCAGUGCUGUUUUUGAAUAGCUGGAGAGUAGUCACAUAGUAAGGUACAAGACUAACCCUCCAGCUAUUGAAAAACAGCAUUGGCACUCUUGGGGAAGCUCAGAUUGAACCUCCACUCUUUGAGUGUGAGUGAGCUCUUAGAAUACAGACGUAGGUCUAUCUCGUCACAUCAGAGGCCCUAUCCUAACAGGGCCAAAACAACCCCAUUCAUUAAAAGGGGGCUGUCUCAGGGUCAAGACUUUGUCCCGAAUUUUGUGGCCAAAAUGGCCCUUCUGAAAUUACUGUGUGCAUUUGUAGAAGAUCAUAUGACGACGAAGAAAAAUAAAGAUCCCAUGGAAAAUAAGCCUGUUACUUUUAAGACGAAAAUCAAGUCGUCUGGUUAUACUGCUACACCUAGGUAAAUAGUCCUGGAUUUUUAUUUUAGUCCUGAAAUACCCUUGAAAACCCUGGAAUUUCAAAGUUAUCCCUGGAAAACCUUGGAAAACUGAGCUGGGAAUAGGAUCAUACCUAAACUAUUUAACACUAUCUUAAAAAGAAAGAUUGAACAAAAGUUUCUUGCAUUAUAUAUAAAUCUUAUAAGUACGGCAUUAAACACUCAAAAACCUGUCGACUUCUUAAUAGGGAAAUUCUUUUGUAUAUUUCAAAUGCUCCUGGACAACCCCUGGAUAAGGAUCGAUGAAAACAGUCCUGGAAAACCCUGGAUUUUUUAAAUUACGAAGGUGUACGAACCCUGUAUAGUAUUGCGGGAAACUUAGCAUUUAAAUAGGGAUAUAUAUAGGUGUCGUCUGAUAGAGGCAUCCAUGGGAUUGCCACUAUUACCUAUCUCAUAUUUGUCUCACUACCUUCUUAGAACUAAAAUGUUCUCCCCGAAACUUAAUCCUGCAAAGCAAUCCAAGACCGCUCAAUUUUCACCAAAACCACUUCCAUCCAAAAAACUGUCAUCAAGGUAAUGUGCGUUUAUUAAUAUUUGCAUACAGUCCGUAAUGAUGCCAAGAAGUUUAUGCAAGUUGCUAUAUUCUUUCCAUUAGCGCUAAAGAAAGUCAGUCGCCAGAGUACAGUAUACCGACAGAAUUGAAAGAGAAGUUGUCCCUUUGUUCCGUACCUGUUGCUAUCAAUCAAAUAAAAUUUUCGGGUAAAUAACUUUCUAACAUAUCUUUUACCCUUGGGCAGUGGAACUUAUAUACGAGUAAAAAUCAUUACGGACAAGUAGAAGUUACUUCUUCAAGUCAAACAUGAUAUUUGAAUUUAUUGCGUUUAAUGUUGAGAUAAAAUAUUUGUGGGCAAACCUAAAGGAUCCAAAGCUCCCGAAAUCCCUUCUGGCUUGUCUCCUUCGAAUUUUCAUUAAAUUUUGUCCAAGAAAAGGUUCAAUUUGCCGCACUUAACGCGUAUUCAAAAUUGCUCGACUUCAAAAUUCAUUCCAUGCAGCGAAGAACAUUUGCAAUUUGGGAAUACUAUUUAAAUUUCGCUGAAUUGUCACGAGGAGUUUCUCUGAAAACUAAUUUCCACGCAUACAAAAUUUAACUCAAACAACUUCAUUUUUACUGCACUGAAACUUUGGUGAGAAGAUUGAGUUUCAAAACUCAAUUUAAGAUUGAGUUUUUGGGGCCGUUUAACGGCCCUAAAAAAUCCCUGAAAAAAAACCUGCCAUGGCGGUGAUGGAGCGCUCGAGAAACCACGCACCCUAAAGCGAAGGACUCUAUAGAAAGUCAACGUAUACUCAACAUGUAUUAACUUGUUUUUUUCACCUUUCUCACACAUGUUUUAUAAAUCAAUUUGUCUAUACGAUAAUAGGUAAUGGCAAGAAACUGGCAUGUGCUUUGGCUAACCAUACUGCGCAUGUCUUGGACAUACCACAAACCAGUAAACAACGUGUAUACUCAGGUAGAUAUGUUUUAGUUACAUUCAUGUGUUUUAGUUUGAACGUGCAAGCAAACAGAUGAUGCUGAUGUUUCCAUUUUGUGUAUUAGCACCCAAACACAACGUCACUAAAAAUAUACUGUAUGGUGAAGAGUCUACCGUAUCUCUCAUAACUGUGUGACAAUUUCAGUUUAAUUUUGAUAUUAAUAUAAAUAGCAUUGAGAUAUGAUGUAAUGCGCAAUGUGUUCAAAAAAAUAGUUGAUCACGAUCCCUGAACUGAAACUAAGUACUAUUUAAAACACGAGUAGGAGUGUUUUAUCAGAUAUAAAACGCGAGGCGCAGCCGAGCGUUUAUGUCUGAUAAAACACGACAACGAGUGUUUUGAAUAGCUUAAAAUACUAUACUAUAAAAGCAUACUAAUUAGGAUGAACAAUUAUAUAAUCAUACUAAUUAGGAUGAACAAUUAUAUAAAGAGUAUUAAUGAACACUGAUGAGUUUUAUCAGAUAUAAAUAUAUAUGGCUGACAUGAUUUGCCACAAAAUUAUGAAUUAUUAAUGAGUACUUUAACUACAUAGACAAAAUUCAAUUGGAAUAUCAAAGUAAUUUUCCCCUUUUAGAAGGUUCGUUUUUCAAUCACCGUUAUACAAAACAAUAUUUUUAUAUUCUUGUUCAAUCCAGGUCAUAACGGUGCUGUGCAGUCAGUAGACUUCAGUCACGAUGGUCAAUAUUUACUGACCAGUUCUAAAGACAAUACAGCGUGUUUGUGGAUAACUGGCAGCUCUGAACCUGUACUUGCUUUCAAGUACCAAAAUCAAGCAGCUAGUACAUCUUCCAAGGUUGGUAUGAUAUACCGUAGAGUUUCUCCAAGUACUCCGGUUUCCUCCUGCAUUAACAGCAGACCAAUGCGAGAUGGCCUAUAUUAACACAGGCAUCUCUCCAAUAUAGCCAUCUCUCUAAUACAGACACCCACUUCUCUAAUACAGACAUCUCUCUAACGCAGACAUCUCUCUAAUACAGACAUCUCUCUAAUUCAGACACCUCUCUAACGCAGACAUCUCUCUAACACAGACAUCUCUCUAAUACAGACACCUCUCUAAUACAGACUUCUCUCUAAUACAGACUUCUCUCUAAUACAGACAUCUCUCUAAUACAGACAUCUCUCUAAUACAGACAUCUCUCUAAUUCAGACACCUCUCUAAUUCAGACACCUCUUUAAUACAGACUUCUCUCUAAUACAGACUUCUCUCUAAUACAGACUUCUCUCUAUUCUAAUACAGACAUCUCUCUAAUUCAGACACCUCUCUAAUACGGGCAUAUCUCUAAUUCAGGCACCUCUCUAAUACAGACAUCUCUAAUACAGGCAUGUCUCUAAUACAGACACAUCUCUAAUACCACAGCUAAUACUGAUAUCUCUCUAGUACAGAAACCUAUCUGACACAGACAUCACUCUUUACCAUCGUAAUGUGCAUUAGAUAGGUUCGACAAAUGAAAAGUGAUUGUAGUGUUUAGUUUCACAUAUUAAACUCUGUCCUUCAGGAUAAUCCAAGUUUUGCAAAAGGAAUUAGUGACGCAUUGUUUUACUAUGUGGAUAAAUUCAUCCUCCUCAGUUCUGGAAAUUCCCUAUUUUUGUAUAAAUAUUAUCUGGAUUUUACAAAAGAUGAUCUCAAAAGGUGAGAGAGAAUUGACGUAGUUCUUUCUCUAUCAUUAGUAGUCUAGAGUAUAAAUAUAAGCUGCCCUGGUGUAUGUCUAAUCUACCUGGAAGAAAUAUAAUUCGUUGGCAGAAUUAGUAAAACUCAUUGUAGCGUCUUCACCAGGGGAACUAUACACUCAACAGAUGACGUCAUCUGUCAGCAAGGUUGAGAUCAGUGGUUGAGAUACUCUUGAUGGCUACCGUCAUCUCUAUUCAAAGCAUGCUAAUUCAUGCCAAAGCAUGCUAAUUCAUGCGAUCGUAUGAUUAUGCAUUUUUGGUUAUAAUAUAGAUAUCAAAGUAAAAGUCAUUACAAGCUCGUUACAUCUUUGCCUCUUGAAAAAGCACAGAGUGUAACAAGUUUUACAUGUAUCAAUGGCUUUUACUCUUGUAUCCUUUUGCUAAUUUUUACGCUGUGAUUAGCACUUGCCAUGGUGAUUGUUAUUUGAAACAUCCAGGAUAGAUAAUUAUAAGAGCCUCUCCUCGAAAUAUUGGACUCUAUGAGUCUACGUUGGUCUCUUUAUGGAAUAUUUAUUCGGUGAUUAAUUGCAAGCAUUAACCUCAAGAUAUUUUGAAAUUCCAAAUUACUUAACAUAUCCACUAAACAAUUUUUCCUUGAUAACUACUGCAAGAUAUUGUAAUAUGUGCAGGAUCAGACAGAUCUUUGGAAGUUUUUGAUAUGAAUGUUAAUCGUAGUCUGAGGACACUUGAAGAUGUUCAUACGAGAAAUGUGCACUGUGUAAAAAUUAAUCAGGUAACAUGAAGGCUCCAGUGUUUAGAACAGUUAUCAAGCAGUAUGGUGUACAUAGAUCGGUCUUCCUUUUUACCCAUCUAUAGUUCACGAAGUAGCUUAGGGUCCGCUGCUUGGAUUCUUGACUUCCAUCCUUUUCAAUCUCUUUUCAUGUUCGCCAUCAGUUCUUUGAUGUCGAGUUUCUGCUUGUUUUUUAAGGUAGUAAUAUAACCACUCAGCACAGCAUUUUCUCCUAAUUAUACCUUUUAUCAUCUCAGCCUUGCUUCCCUCACCUCCUCUGCAGUGUCUACCACCUCUCAUCUCAUUCUGAUCUCUUCAUUCCAUAAUGUAUCUGACCAGCUCUUCAUCAUCUCUUCUUAUUACAUGUCCAUACCAUCUCAACCUUGUUUCCCUCACCUUCUCUGCAAUGUCUACCCCUCAUUCUAACCUCUUCAUUCUAUAAUGUCUCUGAACGGCUCUCUUUCGUCUCAUCUUACGUGUUAAUACCAUCCCAGCCUUGCUUCCCUCACCUUUUCUGCAAUGCGUACCACUUACAUCUUAUUCUGAUCUCUUGAUUCUAUAAUAUCUCUGAACGGCUCUCCUUCAUCUCUUCUUAUUACAUGUCCAUACCAUCUCAACCUUGCUUCCCUCACCUUUUCUGCAAUGCGUACCACUUACAUCUUAUUCUGAUCUCUUGAUUCUAUAAUAUCUCUGAACGGCUCCCCUUCAUCUCUUCUUAUUACUUGUCCAUACCAUCGCAGCUUCGUUUUCCUCACCUUCUCUGCAAUGUCUACCACUCCACAUCUUCUGAUCUCUUCAUUCUCUGAACGGCUCUCCUUCAUCUCUUCUUAUUUCCCGUUCGUACAAUCUCACUCUUGUUUCCCUCACUUUCUCUGCAAUAUCCGAUCUACCACCCCACGUCAUCUGAUCUGUGAAUGUGUCCAGCACCAAUUCUUCACUAGACGUUUAAUCUGUUUUUAUUCAGGGUUCAAAGACGUUUUCCCUCCCAGCUCAAAGUUAUGAUCUAUUUUUAACUGCAGCCAUCGCAGAUGGCGUCAAAAUUUGGGACUUGCGCAGCACGAGGUAAACAUUGGUACAGUAGUUACUUUAUGUGCCGUUCACCUCUGUUUGCUUGUGGGCCCCAGGGCAGGAAAAAAUAAUUCUCUUCCCGGGAGUACAACCUGGAGACACAAAUUUCCUGCAGACCAACGGAGUGUUUUUGUGCUAAAUCUGCAUAUGCAUAAACCUAUAGUGUUCUUGCUGACCAUGGUUUUAAGUUCAAGGAAUAAUGCCUGUCAACCAUAUGUUGUUGCGUCCAUAGUGGGACAUGGGUGUUAAGGUUUCCUUCAAAUUUUCAACAGCAAAUCGUCAUUCAAACGAAUUUCCUGCAGCUGUUUAACAUUUCCUGCGAGCAGUGCUCGCGUGCUCGCCUAUUUUUUCCACCUCUGUUUGGUUGUGGCACAGUGGUUGGUGCAUGGCAUAUGUGCCUUUACUUCUGUGUACGGCCUUCCAUUCCGAUCCUGCAAUAUGCAGUUUCUGAUCAUAAUUUCUAUAAUGUCAAGAGUGUAAUUAAACCCGAAGUGAGGCAGCUAUUUAAGCAAACGACGUUUUUGUCAACACCGACGUCACCCGAAAAUUGGUAUAACUAAUGUUGGCCACUUUUUGCAUCUCAGCGCUCGUGUAAGGAAGCAAAAAACUUUAAAAAUCUUAUGUUUUGUCAUUCGUGUUGAAGAUUACCACAAACUGACACAAACACAAUUUUUAAUCCAGUCCCCGCUCGGCAAAAGCGUCGUUUGUUAAGCUCGCUAUUAAACAGCUAACGACUUCAUUUGCAAAUAGGAAAUCUUCGGAUCAAUCACAAAAGAAGCUCAUUUAUAUCUUGUAGAUGUGUAAGGAAAUACGAAGGUCAUGUGAAUCGUUCUCAUCCAGUCGGUGUAGCUUGGAGUCCCUGUGCUAAAUAUUUUGCUGUUGGCUCUGAAGAUAAAUCGGUGAGUUUGAAGUCAACAGGAUUGCAUACAUAGGGCAAAUUUUCUUUGAAGGUACUGUAUAAGUUUGUACGAGGGGGGGGGGGGAGUGUUAGUUAGGUUAGUGCUGGUGCAUGUGCCAUUUGCUGUGAUUUUAGGUGCGAUUUCUUCUCCUGGUGUAUGUGAACGAGUGGAUGAUUUAGGAAUGUUUAGAUGAGGGUACAUAAAACUCAGAGCAUUCAUAACUUAUUUACUCGUUCACAUCCAUCAGAAGAAGAAAAUCGCAACAAAAAUUGCAAGUGUAAACGGGCUUUAAGAAGAAUGCUUCGACUUUUUCUUUUCCAAACCGAAUUCAGCCUGGAAAGAAUACAAAAGAUGGACGUCUGGUGAGAACAGCGUUCAACUGAUAGAGCUGGAUAGCGGCUGUUUUCUCAUCAUGCAUUUACAUAGGCGUACGAGACAGGAGGGGGCAGUUGCCCUUUAGUAAAUCACGGAAAUUCAGGCAGAUGUAUGACAAAAUAUGUUAAAUUCAGUACCAUCCUUCAUAAAAAUUCUGGCAAACUUUUAACUGCCCCCCCCCCCCGGAAAGAUCAGACCCAUACGCCAAUGUGCAUGUAUUAUAUGUUUAACACCUCUCUUUGUUGUUUCCAGACGUAUAUUUAUGACCUACGACACUCUAAUCCAUGUGAACGUAUCUCAAGACAUAGUGAUGUUGUAUUCGAUGUCGUGUUUCAUCCAAACACUUCACAGGUAAAUAUACAAAAGUAACAAGGAGAAUAGCUUUGACGGGUGAGGCCGGUGCUUUCCUUUGAAUGCUUAGAGAUUUUAUCGUCUGAACUGGAUUAUUUUUCUCUGUGAUUUCAGUUGGUGACAGCUACACUUGAUGGAAAACUAUUUUUCUAUUCAGACAAGAUCUAGUGCUCAACAAUGUUAAUGUUCGAAUCUGAUAAAAGGAAAAAGGUAAAGGGCCAAAUGUGCGGGGGGCGAUGUCAUAUCUGUACGAUUUUACAGAUAUGAAAAAAUUAUAGGAAGCAUACGUCCAAUAACAAAUACCACAGAAUCAUGUGCGUAUAUAUUAUAUAAGCGCCCUGCACAGAACAUUGUAGCUUAGAGCGAUAGAAAAUGUCUUGACAAAAACGUGAGGCAAUGACGUAGUAUUGCCUCAUACGUGACAUUUAUAAAUAAUUAUGUCAUAUAUAUAGUAAUUAUAUUAGCUGAUUGAUUAAUAUACCCUUCCAGACAGUACGUGACUUUGGCCAAAGAGCCUCGUUUUCAUGUAUGUGACGUUAGAGACCUUACGAUUUUAGGACGGCAACGGCCAAAACAAACUCCUUCAAAUAAAUGGUAGUCGAUAGUUCGUCGUAUAUUAUCAAUCGUAUGAAUUUAAUACAGUCUUAGAAGUUGAAGAGAUGGGUUUUAUGGUUGGGAAGAGUUCUGCUAAACCCAGUUUGAAGUUGCACUUGUUGUGGCUUGGAAUGCAGCCGUUGUAUCAACACGUGUUGUAUCAGCCGUUGUAUCAAAAAUCUGUGAUUUGGCGUUGUAAACAGAGCGAGGACAAUGUCUAAAUUAUUCAUUUAUUGUAAUUACUCAAUUCUUUUCAAUGAUCUAUUGUAUUGGUAGCCGUUGCCGUCCUAAAAUCGUAAGGUCUCUAUUAGUUUUAAAACCUAACGUCUCAAUCACGAAAACGAGGCACUAUUGCGAAGGUGACAUACUUUUCGGAAGCGUGUAUUGUUGCGGAACUGAUGGAACAUUAUGCCCGUUUUCCACCAGGGGAAGCGACUUUUUCCUUUGUCGACAUCGCUUAUCACGUCAGCAAAAACGUUGACGACAAGGGAAAAUGUCGCUUCGUGCCUUCGUCCGAAUAAAUUCGCGUGGUGGAAAAUAGGCUUAUUGCAUUGAUCGAUCCACACAGGCCCAUAGACCACAGAAUGCCGCGGUUGAAUUGAAUACUCAUAAGAAAUGCUUACCUGUAAUUUCGGUUGCCAUUUUCCCGCGCGUUCAAUCUUAGUCCGGGAAACAAUAAAACGAAGGAAAAUAGAGGGAUUGCUCGCUGUCUAUAAUUUCGGCGACUGCAAGAAGUUUGAAUGUCGUCGGAGAUUCGGACUUGUUGCAGCAGCCGAAAUCCCAGGUAAACAUUUCUUAUGAGUAUAGAAUUCAAUACAAUCGUGAAUUGUCUGUGCCAGUGUAGGUAGUGCCAAUAAUACGAACAAGCUUUCGUUGGUAGGAAUGCAACUACCUGAAAAUAUAAGGAGAACUUUUUCGAGCGAAGGCCCUUCCCCGUUACUGAAGGCCAUUGAACUAUAAAUAAACUGGAAGGCUAACUCAGGGGGGGGAAAUUGAAGCCAGUGUAUUUUAGUUUUUCUGAGUUAUGAGCAGACAUACUCAACACUGAACGUUGGGCUAUAUAUCAAAUUGAAGCUAUUGAAAAACGCUAUUUGGUGUAGAAAUUUCAAGACUUUAGCUAAAAGGGAAAUAUUGAAAAACUACAAACAUAAUUACCGAUAAUUUGCAGUUUUGCAGUUGUUUUUGUAUUUCUUAAAUAUUUUUCUUUUCGCUGAAGUCUUGAAAUUUCCACACCGAAUAGCAAUUUUCAAUAGCUUCAAUUUGAUAUAUAGCCCGACGUUUGGGGUCAAGUAUUUCUGCUCAUAACUCAGAAAAACUAUUUUGGCUUCAUCAAAUCAUAGGCCUUCAUCAUAGCAGUUAGCCUUCCGUUUAUUUAUAGUUCAAUGCUGAAGGCCGUUUUCCACUAGGCGGAAUUUUCCGCGCGGAGCGGAAUUUCUCUUUGUCUUUUCCAAUUAGUUCCAGCCGAGAAAUCACAAGACAGAAAAAUUCCGCUCCGCGCGGAAAAUUCCGCUUAGCGGAAAACGGCCUUCACUUCCUGGCGAAGAGCCUCGAAACGUCGAAGUUCUCCUUGUAUUUUUCAGGUAGUUGCCGAUCCCUACCAAACCGAAGUUUUCACAGAAUUCAACACUACAAAUGUUUGGUGUCUUUAUUAAAAAAGUUAUUAUAAUAAAAAUAAUACUCUGUGCAUAGACACGUCUUGACCAGGGCGUGUCGUUCGUUUGCGUAACUUACUCGAAAAUCGCUUUUCAAUCGGACAAUGACCUGUCAAACAUUUACGCGGCUAUGAGUGGGGAAGGCUAGCGAAAACGUCACAACGCUCUUGGCUCUUCCGUCAGGAAAUAGUAUUUUUAGCGAUCUAGGUAGUGGCGUAGUGCCAAUGGACCGAUUUGCAUAACUGACUCAAUUUUGAUCUAAACAAGUCCAGACAAAAAUUUCAUCACAGCUUGAAAGAGCAUCACAAAAUUAGUAAUAUUCCAAAGUUUCGUUGCGAAAUGUUGUAAAAUGCGGAUAAUAUAGCCUUGCGAAGUUUGCCGUUUUUCAGUCAUUUUGUAUUACGCAUGGGAAAUUGACAGCCCAAUCGGGUGUUGGGGCAUCAAUUUCCCGUUUGUAAUACAAAAUGACUGAAAAUUGCAAACUUCACAAGGCUAUAUUAUCCGCAUUUUACAACAUUUCGCAACGAAACUUUGGAAUAUUACUAAUUUUGUGAUGCUCUUUCAAGCUGUGAUGAAAUUUUUGUCUAGAUCAAAAUUUAGUCUAUAAUGCAAAUGGUCCAUAAUGAAAGCUUCGGAUUGAUGGAGAUGCGAUUACCUGGGAAAAUACAUGGAGAACUUCGACGUUUUGAGCGAAGUCCCUUUAUGGGAAAGUUAGUGGGCCUUUGUUCGAAGCGUCGAAGUUCUCCUUGUAUUUUUCAGGUCGUUGAAUCUCUCUCAAUCACUCAAUCCAUUCUGUCCGAAGAUAUGAUGGUCUGGUCUGGAAGCCCGGCAAAUUUCAAAGGUACAACAUAGAAGACCUUUGUUUGAUGUUGAACUGUACUUCGCCGUGCACAAAUCCUUUGUCUCAACUUCAUUAAAUAUUAUUCAUCGUGGUUGAACAUUUCAUCUCAGCUAUCCCUAUUGGACGAUUACUUCAUUAUACGAAAAUACAAUGAGCUAAUCACCGUUCCCGGCAAUGUGUCCGGCACAAAUUAACAUAAACUCAGACAAAAACAUAUUAAUACAAUGACUUCAGUUUAGUUUCCAGACCGUCAUAUUUUGAUAGACUGUGCUCAUUUCGAAGUUUCCUUAUUUUCUGUCUUUGAAAAAGCUAGGCAUGCUAUCAUGCUUCUUGCGGUCAAAUAGUGUUUAUGUUUACGUAAAUGAUCUCGUAUUAAAAUACGUUGCGUGAUUGAGGCUACAAUAUCAUGUAACGCUUACGCAAAUCAACUCACAACUGUGAUUUAAUUGCUUUGAUAACCCUCGAAAUAAUUCACCAAAUAGAGGUUAUUUCUCAUUAAAAAUAACUUGUAUCUACUUAGACAAACUUUAAACAACAAACAACAGUCGUAAACGCUUCGAAUUCUUCAAAAAAUUGUCAUUUUAUUGUGAAAUUUUACGAAUUCUUUACCUUGGCCUGUUAUGGGUGUGCGACCAUUCUCUUCCGUCUUUUCAAAUGACGUCACAUUGCGGGCGGAUGUUCGUCAAGCAUACAUGUCAGCGAAAAGCUGCGUUUUGUUGCCGAAAAACACAACUUUACUGAACGAAAAUGUACAUUUACAGAGCACCUUGUUUGUAUUUCACCUCCGUGUGGCAAUUAUAAGGGGUUAUAUGACUUUAUUUGUAUUUUUAAUAGUGUUUAUUGUGAAAUAUUUUAAGUUUAUUGACUCAUAAUUUGACUGAUUACAUAUUCAGUCAUGUGACCUGUCACGGAAGCCCAGCUUGGGGAUUGAACUUGAACAUUUGAACUCGAGUGCGGUUGCCAGUUUCUUGCCUCCCUAAUAGUAAUCCAUCGAUCUACGUUUUAAUCCUCAAAAUACCAUUCUCUGGUGUACUCCGAAGGAACGAACAAGCAUUUCGAGGCUACAAAGUGGUCACUUGGUUCAAUUUUGCCGCCAUUUGAAACGGUAUGUGUAUAAAACGAACAUUUAUUGUCGCGCUCGAAUUUUGAAUGAAUGGACUUUGUUACUUUAUACCAAAUUUAAACAGUUGAUAUUUGUUGAUAAUCGGCCGUGUUAAUGUCAAGUAAUCAUACACACUUGGUAUUUUAAUGUUUGUUGCAAUAUUCAUGUGAGGUUUUAUUCGUUUAGAUCGGUGAUUCUGGGCAAGAUUCAAUGAUCGAUUUAAAAGAGAAACCACGACGAUGCUCAAAACGGAAAUUCGAAGAAAAUGGCCGUGUUCAACCGAAAGAAACUUUAUUGGAUAUGUCAGUAUCGAAGCUAGCUAAAGCUCAAACGAGACUCAAUCUUGAACCCUCAUUAAGAAAGACUGUAAUGAUAGUAAAUACGAUACGAAAACUUGAGCAAGAGAUCGAAAUUGGUCGCACUAAAACGCUGAACGAGGCAAAUUCUUUUAGCCAUUGUUUGGGAAGGACAAAUAACUAUCCGGACACGAGGCCGGACGAUUCUACGGUUUACCCUUUAGUGGAUACACAGAACUCUACAGAAAGUACUCAGAAAAGCAUGGAUUCGCCCUUAGAUACAAGGGACGGAUCGUUUGUUUGCGAAAACAAUUCAGAAACAUUGAGUAACAGGUGCCCAAGUAGCACUAACAUUAGCAUUGCGAAAUCCUGCCCAAGUGAUGCCACUUUUAUUGAUCUAGCACAAUCGACCGAAAUGAAAUUUAAAAACAGAUUUGCGGAUUCAUCAAGUUCUAUCACGUCUAUGGAAGUUAAUUCUGGCGCUUGCGAGAUAAAUUUCGCUGAAGUGGACAUUUCUUUGUAUGAUUUUGAUACAAGCGUGGCAUGGUCAGAAGGGGGUCUACAAAUACCAUGUGGUGAUGAUAGUGAUAAUUUCAUGUACAAACCAUCAACAUUAUCAACAUUUACUAAACGGUGUAGUGAUGAUUUCAAACUUGGUAAAUCUACAGAAAACACAUUUGCAGAUGAUCUCGAUCAAAUUAUGCAAGUGCUGGUCGGCAUUUGA